AAGAAAAAGGGAAAACGUUUUGAAAUCCUAAAACCCUCUCGUCCCCUUUUUCGCGUAGCGGAGCUCGGACGGAGUGUCAAUGGCGAGUGACCAAGAGAUGAGUGGGUGGACUGAUCUCCUUCAUUCGUCGACGAAGCUUCUGGAGCAAGCUGCUCCUUCCGCUCAAUUUCCCCCUCUUCAGAGGAACUUAGAUCAGUUGGAAGCUUUAUCGAAGAAGCUCAAAGCGAAAACCCUAAGAACCGAGGCUCCUUCGCAAACUAUUGCUGCCACUAGGUUACUUGCACGGGAGGGGAUCAAUGCAGAGCAACUUGCUCGUGAUCUAAAAUCUUUCGAGUUGAAGACAACAUUCGAGGAUGUCUUCCCUGCUGAGGCCACAAGCGUUGAGGAAUACCUUCAGCAGGUUCAUGAAAUGGCAAUGGUAUCAGCUAUCCAAGAAGCUCAAAAGGAUAACGUUCGAAGCUUUAAUGAUUACAUGAUGAGAGUAUUGGAGGAGGAUUGGAGAAAAGAGAAACGUGACUUCCUGCAGAGUCUUAGCAGAAUUUCAAUGUUACCUAAGACCAAUAUGAUUGAUUCAAGCAGAGAUGCUCAUGGUGGUCCACUGGUGCCUGUAGCUUCGAGUCCUCAAGUAUCUACAAGACUUGGUGCAGAAAUAGUGUUAGCUAAUAAACCCAUUCAUGAGAAAAAAGCAUAUGUGUAUGCCGAUAUUGUGAAGAAACUUAACACUUCAAGGGAAAGGGGCUUACCAUUCAAGCCUGCAACAGAGUUCAAGUGUGCUUAUGAAAGUUUAAGCAUUGACGUAACUCGCGGAAAAUCUGUCACCAUACAGAAAUUAUGGCAGCUUGUUCAGGCGAUGACAGGCGAAGAUUCAGCAGUCCAACAGGGUGUUUCCAAGAGGAUGUCUCUUGUGAUAGGUGCCAGACAUCAUCUGGAGCGUGGACAUGAGAAAUAUAUGAUGGAAACAAUUCAAAGUCACCCUACACAAGCUGCUCUUGGUGGCUCUGUUGGAAAUUUGCAAAGAAUUCGUGCUUUUCUCCGGAUUCGUCUGAGGGAUUAUGGAAUUUUAGAUUUUGAUUCAGGCGAUGCCCGUAGACAACCUCCUGUUGAUACUACAUGGCAGCAGAUAUACUUUUGCUUGAGAACUGGGUAUUAUGAGGAGGCUAGAGAAGUUGCUCUGUCAUCCCGCUCAUCCCAACAGUUUGCGCCACUGCUUACAGAAUGGAUUAGCACAGGGAGUAUGGUGUCUGCAGACACUGCAGCUAUUGCUUCUGAAGAAUGUGAAAAAAUGCUAAGGAUGGGUGAUCGAUUGGGUCGAACUGCAUAUGAUAAGAAGAAACUCCUACUCUACACUAUUAUUUCUGGUUCCCGCAGGCAAAUUGAUCGCAUACUUAGGGAUCUGUCUACUCUCUUUAACACCAUUGAAGAUUUCCUAUGGUUUAAAUUAUCAUGCGUAAGAGAUGUCGCCCAUGGAUCAUCUUCUUUGGUCUUGAAUGAUGGCGUCUUACCUUACAGUUUAGACGAUCUUCAGGUUUAUCUUAAUAAGUUUGAGCCUUCAUAUUACACUAAGAAUGGCAAAGACCCCCUGGUCUACCCGUAUGUUUUGAUUCUCAGCAUACAGUUACUACCUGCCAUAAUGUAUAUCUCCAAAGAAGCAGGGGAGGAAGGGUAUAACAUUGAUGCUGUGCACAUAGCUAUUUCGCUGGUGGAUCAUUCCGUUCUGUCUGAAGGAUCUGGGGCGGGCCACAAAUUAAGUGUGAUGGAUGCUAAUGCUGAGGCAUCUAGCAUGAUUAGGCAAUAUGGGUCGAUGUUUUUACAUCUCGGUGAUCUUCAAAUGGCGUUAGAAUAUUAUGCUCAAGCUGCUGCUGCGGUUGGUGGGGGGCAGCUAGCUUGGUCUGGAAGAAGUAAUAUGGAUCAACAGAGACAAAGGAGCUUGAUACUGAAACAACUAUUGACUGAGAUUUUGUUACGGGAUGGCGGAAUUUACCUUUUGCUUGGUGCAAGAGGUUCAGGUGAAGAAGGUCAACUCGGAAGGUUUCUUCCUGAUUCUAAGUCUAGGCGGCAGUUCUUGAUCGAAGCUGCUCGUCAAUGUCAGGAUGCUGGUUUAUACGACAAAUCCAUAGAAAUACAGAAGAGAGUUGGAGCAUUUUCGGCGGCCUUGGAUACGAUAAACAGAUGUCUAUCUGAAGCCAUUUGCUCCCUUGCCCGUGGAAGGCUGGAUGGUGAAAGCCGGACAGCGGGCCUUAUUCUCUCGGGCAAUGAUAUUCUCGAGACAUACAAAUAUCACCCUGAAGUCAGUGUCCAAGAAAGAGACCGCGUAAUGGAGCAAGAAACGAUACUAAGACAACUCGAGGCGAUACUAUCGAUCCACAAGUUGGGGAGACUGGGCAAUCAUCUCGACGCUCUAAGGGAAGUAGCGAAACUGCCGUUCCUGAAUCUAGAUCCGAGAGCACCCGACACAACAUCCGAACUGUUCCAGAGCUCGUCCCGAUACUUCCAGGUCUGCGUUCCUGACCUUCUCAAGGUCGCCCUGACUUGUCUGGACAACGUGCCUGACACUGAUGGAUCACUCCACGCCAUGAGAUCCAAGAUUGCGGGGUUUCUUGCGAACAACACGCAUCGGAACUGGCCCCGAGAUUUGUACGAGAAGGUGUCUCGAAGCUUCUGAAUCUGGAAGAAUCCGCGACUUUUCAGUGCUUUAUAUGGAAGAUGUUGUUGCCAGUUUUUUGCUGUUUACCCGAAGAAGACGAUGAUGAUUAUGAUUCGUUGCUUUGGUUUGGUUUAUUAUUUUGUAGAGCGGGGAUUCAUUUAACAUUGGAGUCUUCCUAAAUCUAUUCGCUCAACGAGUCUGGUCAGCUCCCAAUUUACCCGAUGA